AAUGGCUCAUUCAUGCCAAAGUUUUGAUGGUAAGAAAGAGCGAAAAAGAGGUUGGGUUAUUGGGUUUCUCCUUUCUUAUGAGUUUAAGCAUAUAAACUCGUGUAUCUAUUUUAGCUCUGGCUUCUCAUACACAGUUUCAUAGGAACCCCAUUUGCCAAAUCUAAUUCCUUUAAGAAUGGAAGAACCAGAACAUAGCCAACAUGAACCUGGACCUGGGCCUUCGUCUUCUUCUGCUACAACUUCCACCGAUGGUCAAUCUUCUUCUUCGGCCUCUAUUUCACAGGUUCAAGAAGAAGAAGUGGUAGAAAAUGAACGACAAGAAAAUGGAGACAGCUAUUACCCCCACCACCAUCGCCUCCAUCAUCACCACCACCACCACCAUCACUUCCUUCUCAACCGCCAACAACAUAGGCCUUCUAUUGUAUCCUAUCGGAUGAACACAUCGAUACCUGAUGCGGCGUCUCCUGAGAUGAGGGAUGAUGUGUGGUCUUGCCUUGUCGUGCUUGUCACCUUUUGGUUCUUUGCAGCAUCCAUGACUCUGAUUUUUGGUUUUUAUGGAUCUGUGAAUACACACUUGGGACCGAAUUGCUCACGCCUAAUAGCUACUAACCCUUUCUUUGUGCAGUCUAUUAAGGCUGAGGAAAUGGAUGAGCCAAAACCUGGGCCAAUGCUAUAUGGGUUUUAUAAACCUCCUCCCCUGGAUAUUGAGAUCACCUGGACUGAAACACAUAAUGCAUUUGUACCGGCCACUUUCCGCAAGGAGUUGUUAUACUUCCUAAACAAAGGAUCAAGAGUGGAUAUCUUAUACAAUGUAAAAUCUCCAGGUUCCUCGCCUUUAUCCCUUGUGAUUGCACAAGGUAGAGAAAGCCUCGUUGAAUGGAUAGAGGACCCAUCCUAUCCUAAUACUACUUUGUCUUGGAAUAUUAUAUAUGGAAGUGGUAAGAUCCAACAGAAAAUUUCAGAGUCCUCCUAUUACUAUAUUGCAGUGGGGAACUUGAAUUCCGAGGAGGUCGAGGUAGAGUUGACGGUGACCAUAAAUGCUUUCCUCUAUAACACAACUCAGGCAUAUUACAAGUGCUCCCUGGGUAACCAUUUAUGUAGUUUGAAGCUUUUUCUUCUAGGAACAAAUGUUGCUGUCUUAACUUCUCCACAUCCUAAAGAGGGUACUGUUGAUGAGUGGUAUGUCAAACUGUCUUAUGGACCUCGAUGGAUCACAUAUUUUGUUGGAUCAGGUGUAAUGACUGUCCUCAUCUUACUUGCCUUCAGAUUCUUCAACAUGUCCCAAACUCCAGCUGAAGAUGAUAGAUUAGAUUUUCAAGCAGAGGAAGUGGGAACUGAACGAGUCCCAUUGCUUUUGCACAAAGAUGAUGACGUUUCAAGUUGGGGUUCAUCUUAUGAUUCUGUUUCACAUGAUGAGGAGGAUCCCGAAGAGCACCUUGCAGCAAUCAGUACUGAAGGACAGCAAAUAACAGAAGGGGAAAACAUCAACAAUCCCCCGCGUCUCUGUGUCAUUUGCUUUGAUGCCCCUAGAGACUGCUUCUUUCUUCCAUGUGGGCACUGUGCUUCCUGUUUUACUUGCGCAACAAGGAUUGCAGAAGAGGCUGGUACUUGUCCCAUAUGCCGAAGGAAGAUGAAGAAAGUGAGGAAGAUUUUUACGGUUUGAGCUAUGUACAUGAGUAAUGUUAUGAAGAGGCUCUCUGGUAGUGAAACUUUUGGUCUCCUGUAGAGUAUUUUUCACUCGCAGUUUGAAUGCAGUUGUUAUGUACUUGUAGAAAGCAACUGUUAAAGGAAAAAAAAAAAGUUGUUAGGGUUCAGAAGAUGUUGACAAAAAAGGCUUUGCUUGUCUGCGUAUCAUUGUAAUUAACUUUGGUUUGAUGUGAAUUAUACGGUAAGUGUUCAUAAACAAAGUUGAUUUCAUAUGAUUGGAAAGUUUGAUGUGCUCUUCCCUCUUA